AUGGGGCUGCUAGCUCAAGCAAACGAAGACGUCCUCCUGUCCAUGCUGGAUGCUCGGCGAGUCAUGAACGGCAAGACAAUGCUCCGGCCAGGAUUGGAGGGGGGCGGCGAGAAGGGGGGCGGAGGCGAGCAGCUCGCGAAGAGUGAGGGGGUGGGAGAGAGCAAGGGCAAUUUGCCGGAGGUGGACACCGGCGAGGGGGGACGCAUGGGGAAUGGUUGGUCGAUCGGUCCGUCUAAGCGGGGCGUUCCGCUUGGACUUGUGGCGCGUCUUGCGACGCGCGACGACCUUGACUCAGCUAUGCGCGAGAUGGAGCCGCCUCUCCUGCGCCCCGACAUGCCGCGCUGCCACGCCGAGGACCUCCGAGUACCCCUGACUUUCAGAGAGGCGAAGCAGAGCGAACACAGCGUGCAGUUCAUGGAUGCGGCCAAGCGUGAGCGAAUAGACAACUGCAUCAAGUCGAAGCUUCUUUUUGAUUGGAAGGUAGAUGCGUUCGGCUUUCCUACAAAGGCCAAGGCUAGACUUGUUGCGAGAGGAGACAUGCAGAAGGAGUACAUUGACUUUGGCGAUUUGUAUGCACCUACUGUAGCUUCGUCGAGUGUUCGUAUGUUGGCAGCUCUGGCGUGUGAGCUUGACUUGGAGUUGUGUCACUUCGAUAUCGAUCAGGCCUUUGUGAGGGCCCCUCUCAAUGAAAAUAUUUUCAUGCGAAUGCCGGAAGGAUGUGGUGCGUUGUCGGGGAAGAUAGUGCAGUUGAACAAGAGUCUUUAUGGCUUGAGGCAGGCAUCUAGGGAGUGGUACGCGUUGCUCAAGAAGUGUCUUUUGGCUUUGGGGUUCGAGCAGUGCAUGGCUGAUUCUUGUCUUUUUCGUUUUGUUGAAGGGGGGGAAGUAGUGUUGCUUCUAGUAGUACACGUAGACGAUAUUUUUGCAGUGGGGACGAAGGAGAGAUGUGAUCAAUUCGGGAAGGACCUGGGAGAGUACGUGCCGGUUAAGUCUCUGGGGGAGUUGAAGUGGUACUCCGGUUGCUAUUACGAGGGGGACAGAGAGGCAGGUAGGAUGACGAUUUCACAGCAGACAUACACCGAAGAGUUGGGAGAGAGAUAUGGUGUGGAGUGGGGGGGAGGCAUUCCUUUGCCCACCACCUGGAAACUUUGGGACUUCGACGCGGACGAGCCGAGCGUAGAGCACCCGUUUCGAGCGCUGGUUGGGUCGCUGCUGUGGAUUGCCCUGUUGACUAGGCCGGAUAUCGCGAAUUCGGUGAGAGCAGUAGCGAGGUACUCUGGUGCACCGAAGUUGAUUCACUGGAAGGCUGCACUAAGUUUUUUAGGAUAUGCAGUUAGGACUAGUUCUUUCGGGAUUUCUUUUCAGAGGGGGACGGUUUCGGGAUUUUCGUUGAUCACGUUUGUCUACGCGGAUUACGCUUCACGUGCGGCAGACCGUAGGUCGGAAUCGGGAGGGGUAGUGAUGUGUGCAGGAGGGGCAAUUGCAUGGUUCUCCAAGACUCAGAAGUGUGUGACUUUGUCUACCACGCAGGCUGAAUACGUGGCAAUGGCGGACAUGGGGAAGGAGAUUUUGUUUUUGAGGCAGGUUUGGCGUUUCAUGUUGCCGAAGGAGUUGCGGCCAUGCAUUCCACUGUAUGAGGAUAACGAAGGUGCUAUACAGAUCGCAAAACACCCGAUCUCGAAUUCCAACUCGAAGCACAUCGACGUGCGGCAUCACUUCCUCAGGCAGCUCGUAGAUGAGAAGGAGGUAGAGAUCAUCCACGUAGCGUCGCAGUAUCAGCAUGCCGAUUCCCUCACGAAGGCGCUACCUGAGCGAGAGGUUGUUUUCCACCGGGACUACGUGAUGAAUUUGAAGUGAAAAGUCCAGGAGAUUCUUUUUGCCUUCGAGCUUUAUCUAUGUCUUCGUCUUAUCCGAUUUGUUGGCUUUUGUGUUGAUUUGUUUGAUUUUCUGAGAAAUUGAGUUCGGGGUUGACCGGUAGAAAUUGUCGAAAGUGUUUCUGGUGUAAUGGUUGGCAAUGAAUGCAAACCGAUGGGAAACCUAACGAAUGUUUAUGGUUUAAAGGUCUUAAGUGUUAGGAAAAGAAUACAGUUUAAGACGAAGGGAAUGUCUUGCGCUGUAUUUUGUUUCAGGUUUUUGGUGUGGGAGGAUAGUAAGCAUAGUAUAUUUAAGUCCGGGUGUAAUCUUGCCAAUGCAGCGAGUAGGGGGGCUGUUGGACGUACUCACAGCGUCGACAGAUUAUUGCAAGCAAAAUUUCCGAGCAGAUGGAGCGGGGAGUUUGGGGGUUCAGCAGUUGCUAUGGAUUAGAUUUGGUGGUACCAACUUUGCCGCAUAUUUCAGGAUUGGGGGUGGGGGUAUAUGUGCGUCUACAACGGAUAUGGUGACUGUGUGUUGUGGUUUCUCACUUGUUUUUUGUUUCCUCUUUUUCCUCCUUCCUGUGUGCAAUCAAGUCCUUUUUCCCCGGCUAUCACGCCACGGCUACCACGCCAAUCCCGGCUAUCACGCCACCCGGCUAUCACGCCUUCCGGACAUCCACGUCCUUACCAAUACAUAUACACCACGACUAUCACGUCACCAGGCUUCCACGCCACAUCCAGAGAUACCAUACCCGAGCUAUCACGCUCCAUCCCAAAGGAGAAGGGUGUCACGCCCAUCAUAGUUCCUACACUGUACCGUUGGCGGCUACCGCGCCGCUGGCUCUUUUAUUUCCCAACCAAGGGACCCCGCGCGCCAAGGCACCGACGCACAAAGCUACUCAACAGAGGGGACUACUUGAAAAGGGGUAGUACAUAUGUCUGACAGUUGUAGACGCGUGGGUUUGCAACGUUGUGACUGCUGUGUUGAUUGUGUUGACAGUUCAAUCAGCAGGAUGACCCGUGGGGGCGGAGGGUUUUGAUCCGGUGGCCGGGUUCCCCUUCGUUUGUUUUAUUUUGUUUACUUUUGGAGCUUCCUUUGAGUACCCUGAACGCUUUGGUUUUGAGAGCAUUCGUUAUGAUGCGCAGAAUCAUGGAGGGUGUUCGUGAGGUGGAUUAUGCCAUCCUUACGAAGGCUACUGCGNUCCCCUUCGUUUGUUUUAUUUUGUUUACUUUUGGAGCUUCCUUUGAGUACCCUGAACGCUUUGGUUUUGAGAGCAUUCGUUAUGAUGCGCAGAAUCAUGGAGGGUGUUCGUGAGGUGGAUUAUGCCAUCCUUACGAAGGCUACUGCGGUAGUACUCAUGUGUGGUUUUGAGCUAUUCAAGUGCGCAAGUGCGUGGCCGUCCAUCGGUCAUUUGGAUAUUCGGGGUAUCUCCGGUAGUAGAAUCUUUGGCAAGUUGUCGCGCGUUCCCUGCUGUCAUGUGUUCCGAGUUCCGAAUGCGUCUUGCGACUGUUGCUCGCGUGCCUCGGUGUUUGUGAUGCACCCGGGUGCCCAAUCUCUUCCGUUGCUUGUGUCUACGAGGACAACCAAUGAAACGACUUUACCAUCU